AUGAUAAAAAAAACCACAAAAGAAACUAAUGUUCAGGUUAUUAGCGACGACGACAUUGAAGUGAAAGAAACAAACGAAGGAGGAGAAGAAGUUACCAGAGAUGAGGAUGAAAAUGACGACGAGGACGAGGACGAUAAUGAAGAGGAAGAUCUUGGGACUGAGUAUCUAGUGAAGCCGGUUGGUGAGGAUGAAGACGAGGAGUACGCUAGUGAUUUUGAACCGAAAGAGAACAAUGUUGAAGAAGAAAUCGAUGAAGAUGACGAUGUUGAUGAUGAUGGUUGAAACUUGUAUGCUGGCAAAUCUGAGCCUCUCCUUAAGAGGAAGAGGGUUGGUAAAGACCAAAGUGAGGAAGGAGAUGUUGCAGCUGAUGACAUCAGGCCUGCUAAACGUUGGUUUUAA